AUGCACGGCGUGAAGCGGCAACCCAAGACGGCAGCUUCCGCCGAAGCGCGUGCGGCACGCAAAGCCAAAGAAGCCUCCAAACUCGCCGCCUACCUCGAGAUCGAAAGAACCUUCUUCGACCACAAACGCGCCGCACGAAAGGACACGACCGCAUUCGAUCACACCACGAAACUGUUGACGCUCAAUCCAGAGCUCUACACCGUGUGGAACUAUCGGAGGGAGGUUCUGCUGCACAUAUUUGAGGGCAAGGUCGAGGUUGAAGCUGAUAGCAAGGGUGAAGAAAGGGACGUAUUUGCGAGUUUGCGAGAGGGUCAAGUGCAAGACAACGCGGAUGUUGCGGAGAAAGAUGGUGGUGAAGCAGACGAAGAGAGGGAGAGGGUGGAAAGGAAUCAACAGCUGAUGGAAGACGAUCUCAUGUUGACGGAGCAUGCGUUACGUGCGCAUCCGAAGGUGUACUGGAUCUGGAACCACCGGAUGUGGUGUCUCACCCAGUAUCCUACACUACCGUCCUCCUCAACAUCGACCUCGAGCACGACCGUCAGCGACACGUGGGUGUGGGAACGAGAGCUCAAGCUGGUCGAAAAGAUGCUCGAUCUAGAUCCGCGCAACUUUCACGGCUGGAACUGUCGUCGUGCCAUCACUCAACACCUCUCCCUACGCAUGCUCUCCUCCCACCCCGCCACGUCAGACUUGUCUUCCACUCAACCUUCCUUCCCCGCCCUCCUCAGCAACGCGACUCUGCAACAAGCCGAUGCCGUCGCCGUCAAAAGAAAGCUGUCGACGCUGGCGGAGAAGGAGCUUGCGUAUACACUCCGCAAGAUCGAAAGCAACUUUUCCAACUUCUCAGCCUGGCACCAACGCUCCCAGCUCUUACCCCACAUGUGGACCGUUCAACAACUCGACCAGACCCAAAUCGACCUGCGCAUAGACGCCGAGCUCGAGCUGAUCAAGCAAGCCAUGUACACCGAUCCGAGCGAUCAGAGCGUCUGGUUCUACCAUCGAUGGUUGGUCGACCUACUACUCGCAAAACCCUCUGCCACCGAACACGCGGAAGGGAAAGGGAGGAGGCAAAGACAGGUGAAAGUGAUGCAGGAGGAGAUCGGUGUGAUCGAGGAGCUGUUCGAAUUGGAACCGGACAGCAAGUGGUGUGCGUUGAGCUUGGCCCAUUAUAACAUGCUCCUGGCGGAUCUGUAUGAGGAGGGGAAAGAGAGGGAACAGGCAAAGGAGAAGGCGGAGAGAUUGUUGCAGCAGCUGAUCGAGUUGGAUCCGGAUCGAGAGCAGAGGUACAAGGAUCUGUUGGAGGGGAGAGCUCAUUUCUAG